GUUGGUCCUCGUGGGACUGACAUUGUAAAUAGAAUCCUGGGGAGAUUCUAAAGUACAUCGAGAGUGACAAAAACAGAGUUUUGAAACGCUAUUCAAUAUGGAAGACAAAGAUCAAGAGGAUACUUGCAGUAUAUACCCGGCAGUUUUGCCAUCUGGAAGUGAGAUUAAGGCUCGUGUGCAACAUUUCAUAGAGGACCAGUUACAGAGCACCAUGUGGACUGGUGUGCUGAUUGGAGCUACUGUUGUAAUUUCAUUCAUCAGUAUUGUUGUCUUUUUUCUGCACAGAAGAUACAAGGCCGGAAUAGAGCAAACCGAGGGUCCUAAAUAUCGUUUCCGAAAAAGAGACAAAGUAAUGUUCUAUGGCAGGAAGAUUAUGAGGAAGGUACAGACCUUGUCCUUGCCAGCCACUUCAGGUCCAGUAUCUCAGAAACGAACCCGAAAAAGAACAAAAGUCUUGUCAAUAGCUCGCAAAAUCCUACAUAUUCGGAGGGAGCCACCGACCCUGGAGCCAAAAGAGCCUCCUCCUUCACUUCUGGAAGCAGAUCUAACGGAAUUUGACAUGCAGAACUCUCACCUACCCUCUGAGGUCCUGUAUAUGCUGAAAAAUGUGAGAGUUCUGGGUCAUUUUGAGAAGCCGCUGUUCUUAGAACUAUGUCGACACAUGGUGUUUGUGCAGCUGCAGCAGGGGGAAGGAUUAUUCCGCCCAGGAGACAUUGAUGAUAGCAUCUUUGUGGUGCAGGAUGGGCGUCUUGAUCUGUGUAUCCAUGAGAAUGAUGGAAAAGACGUGGUGGUGAAGCAUGUUUUGCCUGGAGACAGCGUUCACAGUCUUCUCAGCAUUCUCGAUGUCAUCACUGGUCAUCCAGCCCCGUAUAAAACAGUUUCAGCUUUGGCAGCAGUUCCGACCACUGUUCUCCGCCUCCCAGCACAGGCUUUCCAAUCCGUCUUUGAGAAAUACCCAGAAACGCUUGUCCGUGUUACUCAGAUUAUCAUGGUGCGUCUUCAAAGAGUAACUUUUCUUGCACUUCACAACUAUCUGGGCCUGACCACAGAACUUUUCAAUCCGGAAAGUCAAGCUGUUUCUCUGGCAUCAGUGGCCGGUGUUGUAGGAGAAGCCAGUCCUGCCAAGGGAUUGCGCAGACACUCUCAGACAGUUGAGGAAUUGGCUGACAAAGUCCCUCAAAGGCCCUCAGACCAUGCUAGUGACACAAGUCAGAUGCACAGACUCACAGGAGAGGAUGGUGGAAAGCCCAAUCCAACAGAAAGUCCCACCACUUUAUUCAGGAAGUCUCGUUCUCUGUCAACCCCUUUAGAUGGUGCACAUGCUGGUUCUCCUGACCACAGUAUGACCUUUGACAGAUCAAGCGUUUUAAAAGAGAAUGCCCCUUCAAGUCCUGUUGCCAUUCAUAAGUCUAUUCGGAAGAAGUCAGUGACGAUGCAGCAUUCUCCCUCAGCUGUGUUCCACUACUCAGACACUGGGGGUCAUUUUAGCCACAUCCACCACAGUAAAGUAAAUGCCAUUUUCCAAGCUGCCAAGAAGGACUUGCUCAAGAUUAUUCAGCUUCAGGACCCCAGUCUUCUUGAAGAUAGAGUGACUCUGAGGCAAGUUAAGGCGGGAUCUGUGGUUGCAAGUGAGGGAGACCAGGAUGUGAGCAUGCAGUUUGUGAUCUCGGGAACUCUGCAUGUGUACCAGAGAUUGAUUGACAGAGAAGAGGAGACGUGUCUGUUUGUGACUCACCCUGGAGAGAUGGUGGGCCACCUGGCCGUUCUCACAGGAGAGCCGCUCAUCUUCUCUGUGCGUGCCCACCGUGACUGCUGCUUCCUGUCCAUCUCCAAAACACACUUCUAUGAGAUCAUGCGUGUCGAGCCUCGGGUGGUGUUAAAUGUAGCUCACACAGUGGUACGGAGGGUUUCCUCCUUUGUCCGACAGAUUGAUUUUGCCCUGGACUGGAUGGCAGUGGAGGCCGGCCGUGCUGUCUACAGACAAGGUGAUAAGUCGGAUAGUACUUUUAUUGUUCUGAGUGGCCGCCUGCGCUCUGUCAUCAGGAAAGAAGAUGGGAAAAAAGAGCUUGCUGGAGAGUAUGGGCGGGGAGACCUCAUCGGUGUGGUGGAAGCUUUGACUCAUAUGAAUAGAGCUACUACAGUUCACGCAGUCCGAGACUCCGAACUGGCCAAGCUGCCUGAGGGAGCUCUCAACUCUAUUAAGAGGAAAUACCCACAGGUUGUGACUCGUCUGAUCCAUCUUCUUGGGCAGAAAAUCUUGGGAAACAUGCAACAGGUUAAUGGUCCACUAUCAGUUCGCAGUUUAGGUUUUCAUACCCCAACCAGUAAGUGGGAUGCAGGUAACCCAGCCUCCAACCUGUCUACUGUUGCCAUUCUGCCUGUGUCUGAAGAAGUGCCUUUGACUGCCUUCACCCUAGAGUUACAGCAUGCUGUCAGUGCUAUUGGCCCCACUUUACUUCUUACCAGCGACAUCAUCAGACAAUGCCUGGGUAUUGCAGCCUUGGACAGUGUUCACGAGUACCGAUUGUCCAGUUGGCUGGGCCAACAGGAAGACAUCCACCGAAUUGUCCUGUAUCAGUCAGACAGUACUCUGACUCCUUGGACUCAACGCUGCAUCAGACAGGCCGACUGCAUCAUUAUAGUGGGUCUGGGGGAACAGGAGCCCACUGUGGGAGAGUUGGAACGUAUGCUGGAGAGCAGUGCAGUGAGAGCUCAGAAGCAGCUGGUUCUGCUGCACCGUGAGGACGGGCCACCACCUAGAGGAACAGCUGAAUGGCUCAACAUGCGCAGUUGGAUCUCCAGACAUCUGCACCUGUCUUGCCCUCACAGGGUCUUCUCCAGGAGGAGUCUACCCAAACUGAGAGAGAUGUAUCAGAGGGUAUUUGAGAAACCUCCUGAUCGGCAUUCUGACUUCUCGCGACUGGCCCGGAUCCUGACAGGCAAUGCAAUUGCUUUGGUGCUGGGAGGAGGAGGGGCCAGAGGCUGCUCUCAGGUGGGCAUCAUUCGGGCACUGAGUGAAGCAGGCAUCCCUGUGGAUCUGAUUGGUGGCACCUCCAUUGGUUCACUGAUAGGGGCACUCUAUGCUGAAGAGCGAAGCGUCAGUCGUAUGACGGUCAGGGCACGCCAGUGGGCCAUGGACUUUGGAUCUAUUUUUAAGAAGAUCACAGACUUGACCUACCCGGUGACAUCCAUGUUUACUGGAAAAUCAUUUAACUCCAGUAUCAGUGGCAUCUUCAAGCACAAACAGAUUGAGGAUCUUUGGAUCCCGUAUUUCAACAUCACCACAGACAUCACCGCCUCUUCCAUGAGAGUGCACACUGAUGGCUCUCUGUGGAGGUAUGUUCGUGCUAGUAUGUCUCUUUCUGGGUACCUUCCCCCUCUAUGUGACCCUAAAGAUGGACACUUACUCAUGGAUGGUGGCUACAUCAAUAAUCUACCAGCUGACAUGGCUCGCUCGAUGGGUGCCAAGGUGGUGAUUGCUGUUGAUGUUGGCAGUCAAGAUGAAACUGAUCUUACCAACUAUGGAGACUCUUUGUCUGGGUGGUGGCUGCUAUGGAAACGCUUGAACCCUCUAACAGAACGAGUAAAGGUGUUGAACAUGGCAGAGAUUCAGACCCGUCUGGCCUAUGUGUGCUCUGUGCGUCAGCUGGAGUUGGUAAAAGACAGCGACUACUGCGAGUACCUGCGACCACCCAUAGACCGCUAUGGUACACUGGAGUUUGGCAAAUUUGAUGAGAUUGCUGACGUUGGCUACCUGCAUGGAAAGACUGUGUUUGAUGUGUGGUGUCGGAGUGGAGUGAGGGAGAAGAUGCUCAAAGACCAACAUCAAGAGGAUUUCCACAAAACCAAAACCAAUGUGAUGACCUGUCCCAAUGCUUCUUUCACGGACCUGGCUGAAAUAGUGUCCAGAAUAGAACCAGUGAAGCAGGCCCUUGUGGAUGAGGAGUCUGAGUACCAGACAGACUAUGAUGAGGAUGCAGUGCUGUCAGACUUUGAUCUGUCCAACCCGAACAGUGAACACAGCGAGCAUACUGAGGAAGAGGAGGAGGAGGAGACUGCAGAUACGCCUGAUACAGAGGAUGAAAUGGAGAUCAGGCACAGGAGGCAUCGAGCACACAACCACACCAGCCACCUCACCUAACCUCAGAUACCUCUUGUCCAAGAUGUUUAGAUGUUUUGUGUUUAGUAUGGGCCCAUAUGAGGAGAUUUGAACUAAACUAAAGUUACGUUCAGUACUGGAAUUCUCUUGCUUAAAUGUUUAGAAACUAACAAAUCAUUAGAAAAGGACUCUGGGGGGCCUGGGUAGCUCAGCGAGUAUUGACGCUGACUACCACCCCUGGAGUCGCAAGUUUGAAUCCAGGGUCUGCUGAGUGACUCCAGCCAGGUCUCCUAAGCAACCAAAUUGGCCCGGUUGCUAGGGAGGGUAGAGUCACAUGGGGUAACCUCCUCGUGGUCACGAUUAAGUGGUUCUUGCUCUCAAUGGGGCACGUGGUAAGUUGUGUGUGGAUUGCAGAAUUUAGCAUGAGCCUCCAUAUGUUGUCAUGCACAGCGAGCCACGUGAUAAAAUUGACGGCCUCCGCCACCCGGAUUGAGGUGAGUAACCGCGCCACCACAAGGACCUACUAAAGUAGUGGGAAUUGGGCUUUCCAACAUUGGGAGAAAAGGGUAUAAAGAAAAAGAAAAAAAAAAGAACAUACUUCUUUUCUAGAUUAAAAAAGUAUGUUGUAGGAGCAUCCAUGUCACAUACAGAAACAAAACGUGCUCUGACAAUAGCUCCUUUUGUUGCAAAAAAGAAAAGGACCUAACACAAAAGGGUAAAGUAUUAUGGUACAUCUUAUUUAUUUAAUCCCAAAAGAAUGGUAAAUGAGCCUGAGAUUUUGGUCUAACAGAUUGUGGUCAAACUUCAUAUUGAGCCAUAGAUAAGCUGGUACCUUCACGUGUUCCUCCUCAACGCCGGAUUCAAUCUCUGACUCUAGUAAUAUUGAUAACAACAAAGUGCUUUUAAUUUUAGUAUUACAGGUCAGUAAUUAAAACAUUUCGCUUUGAAUUUCGUAUGCAAACUGUCAAUGCAAUUUCAACACAAUUUCACUUUCACAAAAACAAGCUGUUUGUGCCUAUAGUAUCUUAACUGUUAACAUUGAAGAUGCGAUAUCAGAUGGUUGUAUUUUUUAUGUUUUAAUGUAAAAAUUAUUCUAAUCUGUUUAUAACCUAAGGACAGUAGUUUUAUGGGUAAAUUGAAGAUUGAAUAAGAUAAUAAACGGUCUCCUGCACUGUCAUUGUUAUAUUUGGCCAAUAAAUAGUUAAUAGUUUUAUGAAGCCUUGGUCCAUUGUUUAAUACUGGAUAUACGGAUAUAGAUUUGGGUGCUUUAAGCUUUAAAGUGAGGCAUAAUCCACCGCCAUUGUAUUGAGAAGAUGGUCCGAGAUUCAUUAAUUAUGUGUGUAUUAAAAAUGCAUUAUUUAUCAUGUCUAUUUUUUAUCUAAUUUUAAAAGCAUAAUAUUAAACAUUUAUUAAAAUAGCUGCAAAUAGCAUUGAACUGGGUCAAACAUGAUUAGAACAUACCAUAUUUCUUUAGAAACUUUGACAGGUAAGCAGAGAAGGCUCUGUGUUCUUUAAAAUUAAAUGACGAGACUGAAGAGUCUGAAGAUACCAAAGAUGGAGGAUAUAGAUGCAUGAGAUAUCUGGACAUGGAGUGUCCACCUAAAAAAUACAAUAAACAACUGUGGAAGCAACUCAACUGUGGGGCUGUCAUUGUCAAAAUUCAGCACCACAUAGAACCAGUCAGGCAAAAAUACUUCCAGGACCUUGGACAAGGCCUUAAUAUAGAACAAAAUGUGUUUUCAGUUUAGUGUAAUGGAAUAAUU